AUGAACGGGAAAGCCCUAGCGCUGCUCACUUGUCUGCUGCUCUCGCUCUCCCUCUCGGAGGAGAAACCCGUCAGCCUGACCUACCGAUGCCCCUGCAGGUUCUACGAGAGCAACGUGGCUAAAGCCAACAUCAAGCACCUCAAAAUCCUGACCACCCCGAAUUGCUCGCUGCAGAUUGUCGCAAGGCUGAAGAACAACAGUAAGCAAGUAUGCAUUGAUCCCAAGUUAAAGUGGAUUCAGGAAUAUCUGGAGAAAGCUUUAAACAAGUAA